AUGCGGCUGCCCCGGCCGCGCCCGGAUGUGAGCCUCGUCCUGGCCAUGGCCGCCGUCGCGCUGCUGCUCCUAUCUCACAUGUCGCCGCCUGGCUGCCCUGCCCCCGAGAGGCCCGCGGAGCCCCCGGAGGUCCCCACGUGGCCCCCGGGGCCCCCGCGCGCGGCCCCCACCCCGUGCCAGGCCAACCUGUCGGUGGCCGCGCACCCGGACUUCGCGGCGAUGCCGGCGCACGUGCGCGACUUCCUGCUCUACCGGCACUGCCGGGACUUCGCGCUGCUGCGGGAGCCGCCGGCCGCCAAGUGCGCGCAGCCCGUCUUCCUGCUGCUCGCCAUCAAGUCGUCGCCCGCCAACUACGGGCGCCGGCAGGUGCUGCGCCGCACGUGGGCGCGCGAGCGGCAGGUCCGGGGGGCGACGCUGCGCCUCCUCUUCCUCGUGGGCAGCGACCGGGACCCGCACCAGGCGCGCAAGUUCAACCGGCUGCUGCAGCUGGAGGCGCGCGCGCACGGCGACAUCCUGCAGUGGGACUUCCAGGACUCCUUCUUCAACCUCACGCUUAAGCAGGUCCUCUUCCUGGAGUGGCAGCGAACCCGCUGCCCCAACGUCAGCUUCGUGCUCAACGGGGACGACGAUGUCUUCGCGCACACGGACAACAUGGUCACCUACCUGCAGGGCCGCGACCCGGACCGCCACCUCUUCGUGGGUCACCUGAUUCAGAACGUGGGUCCCAUCCGCUCGCCUGGGAGUAAGUACUUCGUGCCCACGCUGGUGACGGAGGACGAGCACUACCCGCCCUACUGCGGCGGCGGCGGCUUCCUGCUGUCGCGCUUCACGGUGGCCGCGCUGCGCCGCGCCGCGAGCGUCCUCCCAGUCUUCCCCAUCGACGACGUGUUCCUGGGCAUGUGUCUGCGGCAGCAGGGUCUGGCGCCCGCCUCGCACAACGGGGUGCGCACGGCAGGGGUGCACGCCCCCAGCCCCCGCCUGUCCUCCUUCGACCCCUGCUUCUACCGGGGGCUGCUCCUGGUGCACCGCUUCCUGCCCUUCGAGACCCUGCUGAUGUGGGACGCGCUGAGCCAGCCCCAGCUGGACUGCGGCCAGCGCGGCCUGGUCUACUGAGCUGCCGCCCAAAAGCUCUUGGUACUGCUCACCGCGGGCGCUCGGGAUCCAACCAAGCGCCAGCGGGACUUGGACGGCUGCUAACAAGCGCCCAGGAGCCCCGUGCCAGGCUCCCUCAGGCCCCUAGGGAGUGGGGCAGGGGAGCGAGGCCGAGCUUGACUUGGUCACAGUGGUGUCCCUCAAGGAC